AUGGCCCCGCGGCAAACAGGUAGCAGGAAGCGGAAAGCGCCGGCGCUCGACGCGGCCGCCGCGGGCUCGUCGUCGCUGGGCUCGGCGGCGGACGGGGAGGGGCCGCUGCCUCCCAAGAAGCCCAAGCGGCCGGCGGCGCGGCGCUCGCUGCUGCACUACCUGAAGGGCCGCGAGGUGGGCGCGCGGGGCCGCGCCGGGCUCCCGGGCCUCGAGGGCGAGCUGCGCGGCUACGCGGUGCAGAAGCUGCCCGAGCUGCUGAGGGAGCGCGAGCUGGCGCUGGGCACGCUCAACAAGGUGUUCGCGUCGCAGUGGCUGAACGCCAGGCAGGUGGUGUGCGGCACCAAGUGCAACACGCUCUUCGUGGUGGACGUGCAAUCGGGCCAGAUCACGCGCAUCCCCCUGAUGCGGGACCGCGGGCCCGGCUCGGCCCGCGCCCAGCCGAGCUGCGGCAUCCACGCCAUCCAGCUGAAUCCCUCCAAGACGCUUCUGGCCACCGGGGGCGAGAACCCCAACAGCCUGGCCGUCUACCAGCUGCCCACGCUGGACCCCGUGUGCCUGGGCGACCGCCACGGCCACAAGGACUGGAUCUUCGCCAUCGCCUGGAUGAGCGACACGGUGGCCGUGAGCGGCUCCCGCGACGGCACCGUGGCGCUCUGGAGGACGGACCCCGACAUGUCCCACGGCAGCAUCGCCUGGCACAACGACGCGGGCCUCCCCGUGUACGCCCACAUCCGUCCCAGUGACGUGGAGACCAUCCCCAGGGCCAGCACCAACCCCAGUAACCGCAAGGUGCGGGCCCUGGCCUUCAGCGGCAGGAACCAGGAGCUGGGAGCCGUGUCCCUGGACGGCUACUUCCACCUGUGGAAAGCCCGGAGCAACCUGUCCAGGCUGCUGUCCAUCAGGCUGCCCUACUGCCGAGAGAACGUGUGCCUGACCUACUGCGAUGAGUUGGCCCUGUACGCGGUGGGCUCCCAGUCCCACGUGUCCUUCCUGGAUCCGCGGCAGCGCCAGCAGAACAUCCGGCCCCUGUGCUCCCGAGAGGGCGGCACGGGUGUGCGCUCCCUGAGCUUCUACCAGCACAUCGUCACCGUGGGCACGGGCCACGGCUCCCUGCUCUUCUAUGACAUCCGCGCGCAGAAGUUCCUGGAGGAGAGGGCCUCGGCCAGCCCGCACUUCUCUCCGGGGCCCGCGGGGAGGAAGCUCAAGCUCACCUGUGGCAGAGGCUGGCUCAACCACGAUGACCUGUGGGUGAACUACUUCGGUGGCAUCGGCGAGUUCCCCAACGCGCUCUACACCCACUGCUACAACUGGCCCGAGAUGAAGCUCUUCGCCGCUGGGGGGCCUCUCCCUUCCGGCCUCCACGGGAACUAUGCAGGCCUCUGGAGCUAA